GCAUUUUUCAUUGGUGUUGGCAACAAUCUUGGCGAGCCUAUCCCUAUCAAACGAGCAAAUGAUCAUAUUUUUGGUGUAGUUUUGAUGAAUGAUUGGAGUGCCCGAGAUAUUCAAGCUUGGGAAUAUGUUCCAUUGGGUCCUUUCUUGGGAAAGAAUUUUGGAACAUCAAUUUCGCCUUGGGUUGUUACUCUAGAUGCCUUGGAACCAUUCCUAGUGGAUGGACUUAAUCAA